UCUCCAUCUUCCAACUUCUCCUCUCCUCUCCUUUGCUAUCUUUCCCAUCCAGUCAUAAGCCCCUUCCAAAUUGCUGAUUGGCCGGCCAGAAUUACCGGUUUCUCCCCAACAAGCUACAGACAAUCGCUGCAAUGCCUUGCCAUUAUACGGAACUCCUUACGGCAAAAUGGUCACACGACCAACACUCUUGCUAAGCGACCUGGCUUCAGUUGCAUUGAAGGCAAGCGCAGAGAGAGAGAGAGACAGGCUAUGGAGUCGGAUUACGGAGCUUUCAUGGAGAAAAUUACUCUAGAACCGUACCCUUCAGCUCAUGAACUUCCUUUGAAGACUCUCACUUUUGCGGUUAAAGACAUAUUUGAUGUGGAUGGAUAUGUUUCUGGGUUUGGAAAUCCCGAUUGGGCACGGACUCAUUCGGCUGCCAUGUCGACGGCGCCAGCCAUUUUAGCAGUCUUAAGGGGUGGUGCUACAUGUGUGGGUAAAACUGUCAUGGAUGAAAUGGCAUACAGUAUCAAUGGAGAAAAUAAACACGAUGGGACACCCAAAAAUCCAUCUGCACCAGAUCGGGUACCUGGAGGGUCUUCCAGUGGAUCUGCCGUUUCAGUUGGUGCAACGCUUGUAGAUUUUGCCUUAGGUACUGACACUGGGGGAAGUGUAAGAGUUCCUGCAGCAUUCUGUGGGAUUUUGGGGUUUCGGCCUUCUCAUGGUGCUGUUUCAACCACUGGGGUCAUUCCCAUGGCACAGAGUUUUGACACUGUGGGAUGGUUUGCUAGGGAUGCUGAGACAUUGUGCCGAGUUGGACGAGUAUUACUAGAGUUGCCCGAUGUUGAUCCUGCAAAACCUAGUGCUAUCAUAAUUCCAGAAGAUUGUUUCCAGCUUCUGAGCAUCCCAAGUGAUCGAGUAACUAUGGUUCUUGUUAAGUCAGUAGAGAAGUUAUUCGGAGGUCAAAUCAUGAAUUACACAAGCCUUGGGGAUUAUGUUAAGGACAAUGUCCCAAGCCUGAAGCAUUUUAUGAGCAAAGGAUAUGAAAACACAGAAAAUAUUCCGUCCCUGGCAGCCCUUUCAAGUGCCAUGAGGCUGCUUCAAAGGUACGAAUUUAAGAAUAAUCAUGGUGAGUGGGUCAGAACAAUUAAACCUGAUUUGGGUCCGGGUAUAUCUGAACGGGUGUUCGAAGCCUUGAGGACAACAGAUGAAAAUAUUGAUGUCUGCCACUCUGUGAAGACUGAACUACGUGAAGCACUGUCUGCUCUCUUGGGGGAUUUUGGUAUCCUAGCAAUACCAACAGUUCCCGGGCCUGCACCAAAGUUACAGACAGAGCCAACAACACUGGAGACAUUUCGUGCCAGGGCUUUUAGCCUGUUGUCUAUUGCUGGAGUGUCUGGCUUCUGUCAGGUGAGCUUACCACUGGGGAAGCAUAAUGGCCUUCCUGUAGCAGUUUCAUUGUUGGCAAAGCACGGCUCCGAUGGGUUGCUGCUGAAUCUUGUUGAGAUGCUUUAUGAAACUCUCCAGGAACAGAUUGAUAUCGCUGAGAAAUCAAGUCCCUGAAGUUGUGGUACAUGCCAAUAUAGAAAGCAACCUCAUGCACUUCCUAUACUUUCUUCCAAGACAAAAUUGAAACGUGGAGUCGUUUACUCACAGUGACGGGUCUGGAAAGCUUACAGAACUCGAAAGAAAUUCUUCUGCUAUGUGGGAUUGUAUCAUAGAUGUGAACAAAGACACCAAGAUUGUCCGAGAAUCAACUCUUCUUUUUAGUUACUUUCUGUACAGAAAGAAGGCCAGAUUUCAUGGCUAUGGUAUUCGAUCUACCGCUUUGAUAUUUGAUGAUUCAUGCUUGUAACUUAUUUUGUUUCCAUCUUGGGUGCUAUUAUUUAUCAAAAAUAUGGGUUUGGUUGGCUGUU